CCAGCCAUGGAGUGAACUGCUGCGUGAGCCAGCUGAUCAGAAACUCCAGCUGCAGCCCAGCUCUGCUUUUGUGGUGAUGGACAUUGUGCAGGCAGCUGCGGUGUCCUGGCACCCGAGAGCUUCGACGUCGUCGUCGGGCUCGGGUCUGAAUUGCACUCGCGCUCAGGUGCGAGAUGCCUUUCGUGGGGACAUUGGGAGGAGAGAAAUCUCGUGUAGACUGAGAUUGAGUGAUCCUCGCAGGACGGCGGGUCGUGAGCAAUAUUUUGCCAGCACGACGAGAUGGCAGAAGAGUGGAGCAGCGAGGAUUGUGGUGAAUUCGAUGAAGACGGAUGCCGACGAGGUGCAGAAGGUGGAGGAGAAAGAUGAAGAGAAAGGAGGCAGGAGUUUUUUGACUUUUUUGUGCCCGCUGCUGAAGCUUUUGGGAAGCGGGGAUCCCGCGGCACCCAGAAAUGUAUUUCUUGAGACGACGACAUCGGGAUUUGCAAGCAUUGCACGCUUGCCCUGGGGAUCCAAGGUGAAUGCUGAAGUUGUUGCAGAACGGGGGGAGACUGGACAGCCUCCUCAACUCCUUCAGCUGUAUGAGUUUGAGGCUUGUCCCUUCUGUAGGCGUGUGAGAGAAGCCUUGACCGAGCUCGAUCUCUCAGUAGAGGUUUACCCCUGCCCCAAAGGAUCUUUGAAGCAUCGGGAUUUUGUGAAGAAAAAUGGUGGUCAAGAACAAUUCCCAUAUCUUAUUGAUCCCAACACCGGAGCAUCAAUGUUUGAAAGCUCAGAAAUAGUGAGUUAUCUAUUCAAACAGUAUGGUGGCGGUAGAGAACCUUCCCCGGGUCUUCUCGAGAGCACUCUAGUAACUGGAUGGGUUCCAACAAUCCUGCGCGCAGGGAGGGGCAUGAUGUUGUAUUCCAAAGCUUCAUCAGAUACACCUUCGCAGAAACUGGAAUUGUAUUCGUAUGAGAACAACCAGUUUGCUCGAUUGGUACGGGAGACACUGUGCGAACUGGAGAUCCCUUAUAUUUUGCGAAACGCAGGCAAAGGUUCGGCUUUGAGAGGUUCAUUGCUCAAACUCGCAGGAUCUACGAAGGUUCCCUAUUUGGUAGAUCCAAAUACUGGAAGGUCCAUGGGCGAAUCUCAGGAUAUCAUUUCCUACUUAUUUGCUACCUAUGGAGUCAAAAACUGAGGGAGAAGCUAGUGGUGCCAUUCUCCAUAAGCUCCGUACGUGAACAGGACUGUAUUAGCAGUUCAGUUGGCACCUGGUGUUUCGCGUGACAGAUGCGUUGCAGGCACUGACCAUAGGUGGAACACGUUUGUACAAUGUUAAGCAAGUUGUGACUAUGUAUCUUUUGUUAUAAAAUGACGUGAGUCUUCGCAAGUGUAUGAAUAAUUGCCCCUUCUCAGCAGUACAUUCAUCAUCUGUCGUUAGCGGUAGCACGUCGCGCCCAUACAAU